GCUGUGAGUUGGAAGGCGUGUGAAAUGUGAUUUAAGGUUCAUUUUUGCGAAUUCUUCAGCGUGCGGAUAAGUAUUUUGAAUGAAACGUGCAUUUUGCCUGAAGACUGGUUGUUUUAUGGGACUGAUUAAAGCUUGAAAAUGUCGUGGAUAAGAGAAGGGGAAUUAAACCUUCUUGAAAGGAUUUCAGCUAAUAUCCUGAAGGCAGGACCCAUGCCGAAACAUGUGGCCUUCAUCAUGGAUGGCAACCGUCGCUUUGCACGUAAGCUGAACAUGGAGCGCCAGGAAGGGCACAUGCAGGGCUUCAACAAGCUGGCAGAGACACUACGAUGGUGUAAGCACCUUGAUAUCCAGGAGGUAACAGUGUACGCCUUCAGCAUUGAGAACUUCAAGCGCACUAAAGAUGAGGUGGAUGGACUGAUGGAGCUGGCCAGACAGAAAUUUGUUAAACUGUUGGAAGAACGGGACAAUCUGGAAAAGCAUGGUGUUUGUAUCCGGGUACUGGGUGACUUGAAUAUGCUGCCAGUGGACCUUCAGCAGCUUAUUGCCAAAGCCGUAGUCACAACAAGGGCACACAAUAAAUGUUUCUUGAAUGUGUGCUUUGCCUACACGUCAAGAUACGAGAUCACUAACUCAGUCAGGGAGAUGGCGUGGGGAGUGGAGCAGGGUCUGAUCAAAGCAAGUGAUGUGUCCGAGGCCUUGCUCAGUGAGUGCCUGUACAGCUAUAAUUCCCCUAAUCCUGAUCUGCUUAUCCGCACCUCUGGAGAGGUGCGCCUUAGUGACUUCCUCCUUUGGCAGACUUCACACUCGUGCAUCGUGUUUCAGUCAGUUCUCUGGCCAGAGUACUCAUUCUGGAACUUGUGUGAAGCCAUUCUUCAAUAUCAGUUAAAUCACAAGUCCAUUCAGAAAGCCAGAGACCUCCACCGAGAGCAUCAAGCCUUACAGCAGCAGGAGGCAGAUCGUGGCUGCAUAGCAGAACACCUGCAGCAAUAUGGGAAUGGAAAGCCUGUCAAUGGCCAAAGAAGACAGGAGGCACUGCUGCACUACACCGCCUGCCGUGAGGAACGGGUCCAGGACUUUCUAGAAGCACUGAAGCAAAAGAGAGACUCUUACUUCAAUGAUUUAUGCAGCUAAUCCAUGUUGGUUUAUGAAGGCUCUAAAGAACAAACCCUGUGAGGAAGUGGGGAUGAAACCUCUCCUUUACUCUUCUUAAAAGUACUUUUUUGGAGAAAGGAACCGUGAGCAGUAAUUGAGAUCGGUUUCAUUUAGAUUUAUAUAAAAUGGGAGUUUUACCCCUAUGGGGCUGUAGAAUAUGGGUAAUAUUUAUGAUUGUAGAAUAAAACCUAAUUCACAGAAUGUCUGGUCAAGAUUUAGUUAUGGUUUAUAUUGUGUCUAAUGCAUGCCCUUCAAUGGAAGAUCAGUUUUUCUAAGUGCAAUCCAAUGAUACUGUGUUGUGGCUUUCCAGAUCAGUGUAAAUCAGUGCGGGUCUUUAUUUUUGUUCAGACACACAGUCAGUGUCAUCUGUUAAGUGUGAUGUUUAUGACAUACCUAGAUCUUGACCAGCUUUCUCAAUCUAAAUAAAUGGAUUUCUGUAUGUCAGAUGUCGUUCAAAGAUGAAAUUAAUGACAUUGUUCUUAUGAAAUACCUUGAAAGUUCCAGCUGUGUUGCAACAGCUGCUUUUGUUCUUCCCUC